GCCAUCCUCAACCCUCAAUCCUCAACCCAACUCAAACACCACAUCCCUCGACCUCCCCACCCGUUCCUCCACCCGCGCAUGCACCCUCGAGACGUCCCCGCGCAUCGAUACCACGCCAUUCAGCGUACAGCACAGCGCCGAAUCGCCGCCGGAUUGCCAGUUACCCCGUGUGCAGGCCCGCGAGGCCUGCCCGCUUCUUCCCAGACGCCAUGGCCCGACCCACCACAGACAGCCACGACGAGCCCACACCCUCGCCUUCUGCCAAUACUGAGGAUGUAUUCGCCGAUGAGUAUGCUCUAGACGCCGAGGAAGAUGACUUCAUGCCUAUUGCCGACGGCUUUCGACCGACCAGCGUUAGUGAGAGAACCGCUGCCGACCCCGAGCUCCAACACGACCAUACCGCCAGUCAACCGCCGUCAACUCCCACAGAGCAGGUAACAGACGAUGACAUUGGGAGCGUAUCUUCACAAAGCGGUGCGAUCAAAGCCCCAUACCGACUACGCUCGCCUUCACCGGAUUCUGGCCACCCGGACCCCCACCACAACAGAACCGCCAGUGCACAAGCUGCAGAAGCAUUGCGACGCCAUGUAUCCAUUACCUCCACGACCUCCUUUGCUACCAGCUCGGAUAGUCCUUUCAAUUCAGGCCCAAGCCAUCCCUAUGCCAUGUACCCCCAAAACCCCGUGGGGCGUAGCUCAAGCGUGACAACCUCCUCAGCACAGCGACCUAUACACCAGCUACCCUCACUAAGUGGACCCACGCACCCCUAUGGCAUGUACCCGCAGAACGUUGUCGAGGAGGAUGCUCUACCACCUGUCCAGUCCACCAUACCCUUAGGCUUCCCUGGGCUGAAUACAGGAUACCAUAGGCGGAUAGGACCCGAUGGCGAAGAACAAGACAUAAUCGGACCAGAUGGCCACACCGAACAACUACCUCCUUACACCCGUUACCCGGAAGAGGGUCCAACGAAGGCCGCCUUGGCCGCCGAGGCAAGUGCAACACCCAUUGUAGCCCCCGUUCCUGCGCCCGUCGCUGCACCCGCCGCCGUAUUGGAUAGCGCUGCGGUCACGACGCCGUCGUCGCCUGAAUUACCUCCCUCACCUGUUUCACCCGUCGCGCCCCUUUCCCCUGUUCAAGCUUUGCCACCCCAGGCACAAGAACCGCAGAAUGCCGGCGCCCCACUGCGACCCGCUAAUGUCGAGGCCGCUACCACACCGGCUGCCUCGCUUUCCGCAACAGACAGUGGCUUUCCGGAAAAGCAGGAGAUUGGAAAGGGUGCCACUCCUUGGCGAAAGAAACGGCUUUGGGGCAGGGUUCCGAUGGUUGUGGCGAUAGCAGUUCUCUUCCUGCUGUUGAUAUUCGCUGCCAUCUUGGGUGCUGCCAUUGGCACAUUUAUCGCAAAGGCCAGGAACAGGGGCGGGAGCUAUGGAUCCAAGGGGAGAGAUUACGAUGAGCCAUCGCCACAAGUGACAGGCACCAUCUCUUUGUUUGAUGCAACUCCAAUCCCCACACCAACGUCGUUAUCGCCCAUCCCUACUGGGACUUUUGCCUUGCCUCUGGGAAUCGCGCAAGAGAGCAGCAAGAAUUGUCUAACAGUGGCCAAUCAGCUUUCUGCAUGGUCCUGCAAGUUGACAUUUGCUCCCUUGGUGCUCACCAUCAACUCCACGGACCGCACCGGUCAAUCGAUUCGUCCCAUGGCUUCCAUUGCACCUUUCCCAGGUCCAGACAAAAGCAUCCAAUAUGGUAUCCAGCCGCCUUCGAUCGCUCGCACGCCCAUGCAGCUGGUAUCCGACCUAGACUUCAAAGUAUACGGACCCGCAUAUCACUUCGCGUCCAUGUACGACAAGAUUGUCGUGCUCGGCCAGAAUGACUUUGCCGCUGGCGCGGCACUGGUAACCCCACAACGACGCGAUGACAAAGCACAGUUCCGGCACCGGUUCGAGGUCCAACCAGGCGAUACCCCAUGGUUCUGCUACUGGAACUCGACGUAUCUCGAGGGCUAUAUUUAUGUUGAGGAUAACUCCACCGCAGCCACCGUCACAAAUUACCCGACCGCUUGGCCCCCGAUACCCUCUGGCUCAUCUCUUCCCCUCGAAACUGCGCCUGCAACGGCUAGCGACCAAGCCCCUUCUAGCCCACCUCCCCCGUCCCAAGCAACACCGCUGCCCGCUUCGGCGCCUCCAAGGCGGAGAGACGAUGUUCCUUACCCAAGAUACACUCCUUAUCCCCGCAUCGUGAAGAUUGAGGAGCGGCGUCUGCCCGGAUCGCCGAAACCGUAUUGCCAGCAAAUGCGACUUCUUGAGAACCUGACCUUAGUACCCGUGGUGGACGACGCCCAGGACCCCAUCAGAAUCUACCUCAGCGAGGAAGAUCCGAGCCUCCAAGAAUUCAUGGACCCUGACAGUCCCUCCCCCAGCCCAACAGCGACUAGUGUAUCCGGGCAACCCAGGCGGAGGAACCUGGUAAGCCUAGAAAAAAGGGGGGACCCUCCACAAGCCUGCCAUUGUCAGUGGAUGUUCCAGUGAUUUCGUGUAUAUAUUUCAUGGUCGGUUCGGCGCUUUUUCACUGCAUCUGUACGGUUUUUCCUUGGGCAUAUUCGGUUCACCGCGACAUCAUGAAUGGGAAGGAUGUUAUGAUUGGGCUGUCAAUUCUGGGCAUCGGUGUUGUUGGAGUAUCUCGGAGGGUCAGGAGGCACCCUUGGGCAAUGAUAUGGUUGGUUUUCUUUCUCUCGUACAGCAGAGCGAAGCUUCCAUGCGCGCAGUAUAGGCGGCGCCGCGCCAUGAUGGAUUUCUUUUUUAUUUCCUUCCGGAACCAGUCCAUUCGAACAAGGCAUUUCAUUGGUAUCCAGGCUUGCAUGGCCGUUUGCUUCAUCGAAAUAUCAACGAACUCUCUCUUAGGAUAGCACACCCUGAAAGGCUGUCGCCGACAUUUCAUAAGGUGUAUUAGAUGACAUGGAAAACAGAACAGUUUUUUCAAAAACACGAUUUGUGCG